AUGAACUCAUCGAUCUAAACCCAGACAAAGAGAAUACCCCUACACCCGUAGCCUCUCCUGCUAGGCAUGUUCAUUUUGAUGACAUUGAGGUUGUUUUACUGUUCUGAAAUCUGCUUAGAUCUUGAAAUCUGUCACCAAAUCUGCCAGUUACCAUUUUUGAUCUUUUGUCUUUACAUUUUAUAGUGUUGCUGCUGAUGUGCUCAUGAUUGAUGAUGAUUUGGAGAAUGAACUCCUUGCUCAGCUGGACAUGUUGAUGGAUACUCCGGUUAAAUCUAGAUCUACCAUAGAUAGUAAAGGGAAGGCAGUUGCUGAAGAAGUGGAUUUUGACAUCAACCUUCCUAAUCAGGAGCAGAUUAGUUUUGCGAUCAUGACUUUGCAGGAGCUCCUUGAUGGCGGUCCUUCCCAUUUCUGCAAGGUGCCGGACCAGCCAGCCGCCUUUGAAGCGGCUCAAAUCCUUAGUCGGGCUCCACAGUUAUCAUCUACUCAGCAAAAGUUUUGGGUAGACUUCACCACCAUCUACACCCAUUUCAACAGAAAAUUCCGGGUGCUUGAAAGCAAAGUAGCGGCUGCAGAUUCUGUCAGGAAGUUUGUAGCGGACAGCACUGCCGCUGUCUUGAAAAAGAAGGAAGAAUUCAUGGCAGCAAAGGAGGCUCAUGUCACGCAAAUUAAGCAUCUCCAAUGGCUCAAAGAAAAAAUCUCUAGCCUUGAAGCCGAGCUUUCGAAGUUGAGAAACCAAGUUCCUCUUGCGGAGCAAAGUGAGAAGAAUUUGGCAGAACAAAGAAACAAGCUCUGCAUGGACAUGGAAACUGGAUUGAAAUCUACUGCCAAGAUCAAGGAGCAGCUACCUUCCUUCAUAGCCUCUGCAGAUGAAGCCGCUAAAGAGAUAAAGACCAUGAGAGAAGAAUGGAGUUCAUGGCAAAACAACCUGUGUUGAUUUUUCUCUUAUGUAUCUUCUUGUCUCUUUGUUGGUUGGAAUUGCACAUUGUCAUGUUUGAACAUAUUGUUUGCGGCCUAUUGGCCAUGCAAACUUCUUUUUCAAUGUUGAUUUCUUUCUUGGCUCAUAUUCUGGAAAUCUGCUGCUUGUACUUUUUGUUCAUAUUCUGGUACAGGUUGAAAUCUGUCAUG